AUGCCCAUAAACGAAAUUAUGGUCCACUUACAAGAACAUGGUUGCAAGAACGUAACUGAAGACUUAGACCUUCACAAAUGUAGCCAGUAUCCCGUGGCCAGCGGUGGCUUUGGCGAUGUGUUCUACGGAACACUUCGUAAUGGUAGUCCUGUUGCCAUAAAAUGUCUUCGAAUAUUUGUCGGAACCCAAGAAGAAGAAGGAAAAAGGCAGUUGAGACGCGCCGCUCAUGAAAUAUAUAUUUGGUCGAAGUGUGACCAUCCUCAUGUACUUGACCUAGUUGGGGUAGCCCAAUACCAAGAGCGCAUAGCAAUGGUGUCACCUUGGAUGCCCAGGGGAAACUUAACGUGGUAUCUGUCCCAGAAUCCCCAUGCGGAUCGGCAUCAAAUGUGUGUACAAAUUACAGACGGGGUGGCUUACUUGCACGAUAGAGGGAUCGUUCAUGGUGACAUCAAAGGGCUUAACGUUUUAGUAUCAGAAGAACAUAUCCCUAUGCUCACUGAUUUUGGCACAUCAUCACUAAGCAAUUAUACCCUCCAGUUUACGAGGGGAACAGGGAGCGGAGUCACUGCCACAGUCCGUUAUACGGCGCCGGAGAUUCUUAUGGAGGAAACUAAGCUUACCACGGAAGGGGAUAUAUAUGGGCUUGGGAUGACUAUGCUGGAAAUAACUACAGGUCGUCCUCCAUACCACGAGAGUGUCAAUGAGGCUAUUAUUGUUCGAAAGAUUACAACUGGAGUGCACCCAGCCCGGCCCAAGCACGAUUUAAUGGGUAGCAAAGAUCAAUCGAACGUUUUAUGGAAACUAUUCGAGAAUUGCUGGGCAUUUGACCCAUGUCAGCGACCAAAGGCUAUCGAACUAUUGGAUAAGCUUAGAACACUUGUUCGCCCAACGAUGCGAUUCGACGUUAUCGAAGAGACAAUGACCACGGGAGAAAUAUUGCUGUGUCUUUAUUAUCAUGGCUGCAAAACCGUGACUGAGGCGCCCAACCUACAGAGGUGGCCACCUAUUAGCGACCCUGAAAGCCAGUAUAUGCUUUCACGUAAUGAUGAACUUGCGUUUAAAGGUGCGAUAUUGUCCGGCUUCGCUCAAAAGUCCAGUCAAGAACAUUUCCAGCAAAGCCUAGCAUACGAGGCUUACAUAUGGUCACGGUGUAAUCACCCUCAUAUAUUAAAUUUGAUUGGGGUGGCUCGGAUCCAAGACUCUCUCGCAAUGGUGUCUCCUUGGAUAGGAUACGGUCGUCUGACAGACUAUAUCACUAGAAAUAAAGGGAUUAGAGAUUGCUGUAAAGUGUCCACGCAAGUGGCAGAUGCUGUGGCUUAUCUCCAUUCAAACCAAAUUAUUCAUUGGAACAUCAACAUAAGCAAUCUCCUUGUUGCAGAUCAUGAAUGCAUCAAACUAUGUGGGUUUGAAAAGGCCCGUAUAUAUCGACAAGAACUCCUCGGAUUUCCCGGGCUUCUUCCGGAUUCAUGCGAGUCUAUGGAAUUAUUUGGCUAUCUUCAGGGGAUUGAGAUCGGUAUGCUUGGGACGACAAUACUGAGUAUCAUUAUUUCUGGACGGUCUGGAAUAGGGCGCUCACUCUUAUCCAGCGAAUUCACCAUCCGUGGUAAGCUUGAGCGCCCCGACCAAUAUUUCCCUAUCAAUGAUCAGGGAAAUCUAUUGUGGUCGUUGGUCAAUAACUGCUGGAAUGCGAACGAAUGGCUUAGACCAACAGCCGCUACGGUGCGCGAUGCUAUGUCAACGUUCUCAGAUGAAAGCAUCUGGAAGUCAGAUAUUUGA